AUGGCCGUCACGGCAAUGAUCGCGCUGGCACCGAUUGCCUUCAAUGCCGUCGUCGACGCAUUCGACCACAAUCGUCUUGUCGAACUCGAUCUCGACAAGAAGGAGAUCAGCGUCAAGGCGCAUUACCCGCUCUACAAGAUGAUGGAAUAUCCUCGGAUCAAGGCACCGACGGUGAUCCUUGGGGAUAGCCGAGCGCGCGCGUUGCAGGACAGGUACUGGCAGGAGCUUGGCCGGGACGAUGUCUAUAAUUUCGCUUACGGUGGAGCGACGGUCUACGAGAUCUACGACACCUUCAGAUAUCUGAGGGAAACGGUCGAGCUUGACACGCUUAUCGUCAGUCUGCCUCUCCGUAGCAUGGAUGCCCGUUUCAAGGGCAGCAUGAACCGGGUCCCCGAGGCCAUUGCGCUCGCGGACAAUCCCUUUGCCUACUACACCAACUGGUUUGUGACAAAGACCGGCUGGCGUCUGCUUCAGGACCGGUAUCCUGGUUUGACCGCUCUUUUUGAAGAUGUCUCGCUCUGGCCGGUUCAAGAGGCCCGUGCCGCGGACUUUACAGCCGUCAGCACCUUGUCGGUCGAAGCUCUUCUUGACCCGUCACUUUGCGACGAGUGUGCACUGAGCGCGUCGGUCUCGUCCUUGAGGCUUCCGGCGGUUUAUCAUGGCCACGGGUUCGGCCUUGGGCGCUGGGCGGGCUACUGGCCCGAAAUCUCGAUCGACCGCGACCUGCCGCAGCUCUUUGCAAAACAGGUCGGUACCAAUGGUGCCGCGGAUUGGCGUCGGUUCAAGCAGUCCGAAGACCUCUGGAAUAUGAUCGAGGAAAUCGCGUCCUGGUCUGCCGAAAAUGACGUGAAACUCGUGUUUCUGAUCCCGCCGACCAUUUCCGAAAUGCAGCGCCGGAUCUCCGAUUUCGGACUGACGGCUGCGAACCACAAGUUCCGUGAACGUCUUUCGACAUUGGCUCCCGUGGUCGAUCUGGACUUCGACACGCCCUUUACGCGGGAACUCGGCAAUUUCACCGACGCCUAUCAUUUCGGCUCGGACCCGGCGCGAAGGAUCGUCGGCGAAUUGUUGAUGUUGAUCGAUCGCGACCCGAAGCGUGUUGCCACCGCAUCAAGCCGUCGCAAGGACCUGGUCUGCCCCGUAACGCCAGCCGAGACAUCGCGGUCUCACGUUGAAGGCACGCUGGAGCUCCUUGAAGGUUCGUCGUGCAGGAUCUGGAGGAAGACCGAUGGCUAA